UAUCCUCGUCCACCUCGAACUCGAAAGACUAAUAUAAAGAGGAGGGUUUUAGUUCUCAGGGCGGCCACUGCAGCAGAAACGCACAACAGCACUAGCAUCUCCUUAUCCAUGGCGUCCGCGUUCGUCACGUUCCCAAGACCCUUCUCCUCCAUCAGGCCCGCCGCUCCCUCCUCGUCCAGCCAGAGGCUCCUCGGGCUGCGAAGGAAUUCUUUGAGGAUCAAUGCGGUCGCCACGAAAUGGGAACCCGCCAAGGUUGUUCCGCAAGCUGAUAGGGUCCUAGUCCGCCUUGAGCAGCUCCCUGAGAAAUCUGCUGGUGGAGUUUUGUUGCCUAAAUCUGCUGUCAAAUUUGAGCGUUAUCUUAUGGGUGAGGUUCUUUCUGUUGGCACAGAAGCAGGGGUUGUGGAUGCUGGAAAGAAGGUGCUUUUCUCAGAUGUAAGUGCCUAUGAGGUGGAUCUGGGAGGAGAUGCCAAACAUUGCUUUGUCAAAGCUGGUGACCUAUUGGCAGUGGUUGAAUAGAUUUCCCUAAAAGCGAAUGUUAGGCAUUGGCGUGUUUUAUCAAAUUUUUGGGCCCUGUAAGGUGUAAUUAUAGACGCUCCUGAUUAAACAUCUCUUUGGCAGUGAACGGUCAAUAGUUGAUGCAGUUUCUUCAUGCUUUAAGAAAAAAGAAUUGAUCUUGAUAUGCUUUUCUGAUCUUGUUAUGUA